GCUGUGGCUCCUGCGCCCUCUUCUUUCUCCUUUCUAUUUGUACAUGCAUUCUCUCCAACUUUUCCACGGCCAAAAAUCACUCAUUUUUAAUGGCCCUCUCUUUUCUACUUCCCCCUUCUAUCUCCCUUAAAACUCCUCCCUUAGUUUUCUCCGUCCCUCGUCAAAAGCCAGAAACUAAUACUUCCCUCAAAGAACUCUGCAAGCAAGGAAAUCUCAAAGAAGCAUUUUUCUCCCUGGUCAACCCAUCAAACCAUCUUUCCCAAGAAGCCUAUUCAUUGAUUCUAGAACUCUGCGCCUCGCAGAACGUAGCUGCCCAAGGGCAGCAGAUCCAUGCUCGCAUUCUGAAAACUUAUUCAAAUUCUUUUGAUGGGUUUCUGCAUACAAAGUUGUUAUUUAUGUAUGGAAAAUGUGGGUGUCUCAAUGCAGCACAGCAGUUGUUUGAUGAAUUGCCUCAGAGAACAAUCUUUGCUUGGAAUGCGCUUAUUUGGGCGUAUGCCUCUAAUGGAAAACCUGAAUCAGCUAUUCAGCUUUACUGGAAUAUGCGGAUGUUGGGUGAAAUGCCAGAUGGGUGUACCUUUGCUUCUGUUCUUAAGGCUUGUGGCUUUGUUGAAGACUUUCACAGUGGGAUUGAGAUUCAUAGUUUCGCUAUUAGAUGCGGUCUUACUAGUCUAGGUUUUGUUGCAAAUGCACUUGUUUCCAUGUAUGCAAAGUGUGGGCAACUUGAUCUAGCAAGAAAGUUCUUCGAGUGGAUGCCGGAGAAAGGUGAUGUUGUGCUGUGGAAUUCUAUUAUCUCUGGUUGUGUGCAAGCUGCAAAUUAUUUUGAUGCCAUUUACCUGUUUAGAGAAAUGCAUAGGUUUGGUUUGAGCAUGAACACUUAUACUGCCGUUAGUGUCCUUCAAGCCUGCACAGAAUUGUCCCUGCUGAAAUUGGGUAGGGAGGUUCAUUGCUCACUUUUGAAAAACAAUAGGAGUUUUGAACUUUAUGAAGGAAAUGCUCUGGUUGUUAUGUAUACAAGGAGUGGUUGUAUUCCCAAUGCUGUUCGAUUGUUUAAUGAGAUGAAUGAGAAGGAUAAUGUGUCAUGGAAUUCAUUACUAUCUGGAUAUGCUCAGAAUUGUUUAUAUAGGAAAGCUGUUGAAAUUUUUUAUCAGAUGCUUCAAAUGGGUUUUCAACCUGAUCAAGUUUCUCUCGUAACUGUAGCUUCUGCUUUGGGGCAGUUAGGGAACUUGUUGAAUGGAAAAGAGAUUCAUGGUUAUGCGAUAAAAAGAGGUUUCGAUUCCAAUUUGCAAAUGGGAAAUACUCUCAUAAACAUGUAUGCGAAAUUCAGCCUUGUAAACUAUUCCAAAUUUGUGUUUCAUGGAAUUCUUAAUAAGGAUGUCAUAUCAUGGACGACCAUGAUUGCAUGCUUUGCUCAGCAUUCCUACUACUUGGAGGCAGUUGAAUUGUUCCGACAAGCGCUGAAAGAAGAAAUUAAAGCUGAUCCAAUGAUAAUCGGCAGUAUCUUACUUGCUUGUAGCAGUUUAGUUUGUCUUUCUCUCUUGAAGCAGAUUCAUGGCUAUACUAUCAGGCACAUGUUGCUUGAUCUUGUACUUGAGAACACAUUUAUAGAUGCUUAUGGAGAAUGCGGAGAGGUUCGUCAGGCUCUGCAAAUCUUUAGUAUGAUAAAGACUAAGGAUGUGGUGUCUUGGACUAGCAUGAUGACUUGCUAUGUACAUAAUAGGCUCUUCAACGAUGCUUUAAGUUUGUGUGUAGAGAUGACGAAAGCCAAUAUAGAGCCUGAUGUGGUUGCACUCUUCAGUAUCCUUUCUGCCAUAGCAGGCAUGGCAUCCUUGAUGAAAGGAAAAGAAGUUCAUGGUUUCAUGAUGAGAAGAUGCCUAGGAAUAGAUGGAUCUGUCAGUAGUUUGCUCGUGGAUAUGUAUGCUCAAUGUGGUAGUAUAGAUGAAUCUUUCAAAGUUUUUGAUGGUGUUAAAUAUAAAGAUUUGGUUCUAUGGACAAGUAUCAUUGAUGCUUGUGGUAUGCAUGGUCGAGGAAGGGAUGCUAUUGAUUUGUUUGACAAAAUGGAGACCCUGGGAAUAGUACCUGAUCAUAUUGCCUUCUUAGCUCUUCUCUAUGCAUGCAGUCAUUCCAGACUAAUUAUGGAAGGAAAAUUAUUUUUUGAUAAAAUGAUCAAUGAGCACAAGUUGAAACCAUGGCCAGAGCAUUAUGCUUGCAUUGUUGAUCUUCUUGGUAGAGCAGGGAAAGUGGAGGAGGCAUAUGAGUUCAUUAGAAAGAUGCCAACUAAACCAACUGCGCCAGUGUGGUGUGCCCUCCUCGGGGCUUGCCGUGUCCACUCAAACUAUGAAUUUGGUGAACUUGCAGCUAAGAAGCUUCUUGAAUUGGAGCCAGAAAAUCCAGGAAACCUUGUGCUUAUUUCAAAUUCCUUAGCUGCAAUGGGAAAAUGGCAAGAUGUCCGGGAAUUGAGAUCGAAGAUGAAGCAAAAAGGAUUGAAGAAGGACCCAGCAUGUAGUUGGAUUGAAGUGGGAAGCAAGGUUCAUUCAUUUGUUGCAAGGGAUAAAUGUCAUGAAGAUUCAUCAAAAGUCUACGCCAAGUUGGCUGAGAUAACCCAAAGUUUGGAGAAGGAAGCAGGUUAUGUCGCAGAUACAAGGUUUGUUUUGCAUGACGUUGGGGAGGAGGAGAAAAUAAAGAUGCUUUAUGCACACAGUGAGAGGCUAGCAAUUGCAUUUGGUUUAAUUCAUAUUCCUCCUGGAUCAACUAUCAGGAUCACCAAAAACCUUAGAGUUUGUGGCGAUUGUCAUGAGUAUACUAAGUUGUUGUCAAAGGUGUUUAGACGGGAUAUUACUGUGAGGGAUACCAAUCGGUUUCAUCAUUUCAAAGAUGGUUCGUGUUCUUGUGGAGAUCUCUGGUGAAUAGGUAAAUGAUGUAAGAUCAUCAGGUUUCUGCUUCUUGGGAUCUUUGACGUGAUUCUCCCAUCAUAAUCAAGUUUUUGCUCAGUCAUUGAAGUGGACGUCCGCAAUGAAGUAAGAAUUGAUAAUCAAAGGACUAGCCAGCAUCUAACCCCAAAAAC